CUUCGUCCUACCGAUUGGUACUUUUUUGCAGUGAAAACGAAACAACGAGCGACGGGCUCCUCGAGCGGCGACCUCGAUCAAGAUGGUCCGCAUGGCUGAGCGGUUGGCCGAGAACUUCAUUCCGGAAGCUAAUCAGAGGAAUGAAAAUGAGCCGGCCUACAGUAGGUAUAAACGAGUUGGCCAAAAUAGAUCACGAUUGAAUUCCCGAGCUUCGUUGGGAUCAUCUAUGGGAAGACGGAUAACAUUAAUAGAAACCGAUAGUGGAGUAAUCGAAGUAGAAAGUGACAAGCAAUUUUUGGAUGCAUUCAAAGAUGCAAACAUGGAUGCAGUACAUCAUUUAAAUGCAGCAAGUCCAGUUACACGAGGACUUUGGUGCAUGAUAAUUAUCGCUUUCGUAAUACUAGUACUUGUUCAAUGCUAUUCUCAAAUUAAGUUGUAUAUAAGUGAACCGGUAGCGACUAAUAUUGAAGCAGAAUAUCCAAGUAAAAUUUCAUUUCCAACUGUUGCCAUAUGCAAUAAUAAUCAGUUCAGAUUAACUUAUUUGACUGGUGGUCGAAUAAUGAACAGAAGGUCAAAAUCAAUAAGCGGGUCUUUGCUUUCUACGGGUCACGAUGUUGAAUCAGUUUUUGAUACUGUACUGAGAAAAUCAUGGGACAUGGAUGCGGUUAAAUUUCUAAGAAGUGCGGCACAUUGGAAAUCGAGAAUGAUCUUAGGAUGUACUUGGCCUAAUGGAACAUCUUGCAAAUUAUCAGAUUUCAAAGCAGUUUGGACUACAACUGGUCUAUGCUGGGCCAUUAACACAGAUCCACAUAAUCCUUAUGAAGUUACUGGAUCAGGAGAAGGUCAUGGUCUACGCCUUCUCUUGAAUGUUGAAAGUUACGAAAGAGUGGAUGCAUGUACAAAACAUUUUAGAACCAAAACUCUUCCCGGUCUCAAAAUCUUGAUCUACAACCAAACGGACAUUCCGGACAGUAGCAUGAAUGGAGUCAAUGUACCAUCUGGAUAUUCAAUGGAUAUUCCAUUUAAAAUGCAACACAGAUCAAAACUUACCGGUGUUCAUUGUAUUGAGGAGAAUGACGAACAAAUCGAAGCAAGUACUGAUUUUAAUAAUCCAGAAAAUAUUCGAACAUGUACUCUGCGAAGGUAUAUGACAGAAGUCGAAAAUUCGUGUCAUUGUACAUUGAGAAGAGCGUAUACGAGCAAUUCAACUGAUGUGAAAAUGAAAGCAUGUAACGUUGAUCAAUAUUUUGGAUGUGCUCAAAAAGCGAUGCAAAGAAUCCGUGAAGAAGGAACUGCAAGUACAUGUCUUCCACCUUGUAAAUCAAUUGAUUACACUGCUUGGCAGGAUAUGAAUCGUCUCCCACAGAACCUUAUGCCAGCUCUGAUUGAAGAACAAGAAGAAGAUGAUGAAGAUGAUGUGGAACAGGAGGAACUUGAUGAGAAUGUAUCAUUUUCAACUGUGUCUGGUGGAGAAACAUUUUCAUGUGAAGAUAGUGCUUAUUUGGAUGAUAAACAGGUUAUGAGAAUAAAGCGAGAUGCUCAUAGAGCCUAUGAAAUGCAAGCCAGACAUCAAGAAGAUAUAUUUUUAAGAUCAAGAAGACUUAUUGCAAGGCUCAGAAAUGCAAUCAAUUCAAUUGAACGUUAUAAAUGGGGAUGGCAUUAUGAUACAUUCAGUGGAGUUGCUGAUCGCCUCUCCAACUUGACAUGCUUUUCCAAUUUCAGUGAAAGACACAGAGACAUUAUCAGUAUUCUAGAGUCUCGACCAAUCACCAGUGAAGAGAAAAAGGCUAACCAAAUGUUCUUUCUUCUCGACGAGACAGCUUUCAAUAGAAAUGCUACGAGAUAUAUGUCUGUUGGAGAUUUGAAGUCAAGAUAUGGAGAUAAAGUUGAUGACGUGGCAGAAGAAAUUGCAGUCAUCUUGAGAAUUAUGGAAAAGCUGUGGCACGUAUUUAUGCCAGAUUCAUAUAUUCGAACAAUGACUGGAGAUUUCUCAAGAAUGGAUCGAAUUAUUGAGCUUAUGAAUCAAUAUGAACUGAAUAAGCUUCAACGAAGAGCAUGGGCUGAAAAAAUGCAAUCGAGACAGAUGAAGCACUUUUUUGAAGAUGAUUUUUAUGAGUCUUACUAUCAGCCAUUAAUCAAGGAUCUUGACACAACACUUGUCAAACAAAUCGAUGAAGUUGAGGCAGAUUGGCCAAAAGUUGAGUACUAUCUCCAACGGGGAAGUGCAGGAAAAACUGGAGCCAUUAUGUUUUUUGGAGAUGGAAACAAAGAUAAUCGGCAGAAAUUCGAGAAAUUGAUAGUUGAAAUGCAUGAAUGUGCAUCUGGAAAAAUGAGAAAAGAAGCUGGAAAAAUGCUUAGCAGUUUUAAGAAAAGUUAUAGAGAACUUCAAGCAGCUUAUGGUAAAUUAUUCAAAGAAGAACUGCCAGAUUAUUUGGAGAAUUUUCAAUUUGGAAACAAAUUUGUUGGAGACAACUUUGCCAUGGUGAAUAUAUUCUUGCAUCGAAUGAAUCUUGAAGUUUGGAGUCAAGAUAGAACUUAUGGAUUCUGGAGUCUUGCUUGUGAUAUUGGUGGAGCUCUUGGACUAUUUCUUGGUGCAUCACUGCUUACAAUUAUUGAAAUUGUAUACCUCUGCAUUCAGUACGGAUUAUGUGGAAAAAGAGCUAGAAAUAUGAAAUGUAUUCCUAUGGAUGCUUUGACACGUCAAAUGAAGAAAGUUGCUACGUGCAGCUGUUGCAAGAAACCUAUUGAAAAGUCUAGAGAACCUAUUUAUAAAAAGAAAAGUCAAAGUUAUCAGAGAAGGUUCACAGCUGAUGAUGAGGAUCAGGGUGAUAAAUUCCGGUCUCGAGCAUCCAGCGAGGAAUCGAAGAGGCGAAAAAACAUAUGGGCUCAGAUGAAUGAUCCUUCAGGCAAUUCGACAUUGACGCCGUCUGAAAUAAAGAAUUUCCUAGACCAAGUUCAGCGGAAUUCUCAACCGCCAAGCUAUCACGAUGAUCAUCAUCCUGAAGACCACUACUACUACAAUGACCCCAACUAUUUAACAAUUUCACCACCUUCAGAUAGACCAGAAGAUAACCGCGAAGGAUCAACUUCUGGAUAUUACUCGAGCCCUCGUGCUCCACCCCAGGCAAAUCCUCGUGAUGAAUCUCCAAUUCCAGAUACCGAGCCAAUUUCAGUAUCUGAGUUUUCAGAUGCACUUGCUCCGCCUCUUUUUAAAACUCCACCACGUGAACGACGAACACGAAAAGAGCAGAAAAUUGACGAAGAGGAUGAUGAUAAACAUUCUUACGUGUAGAUACAUUGCGUCUUUCUUUCUUUUUUGAAUGUUUCAGAUAUUUUUAAACCGUUUCAAAAAUGAAAAUUAAAACUUCCC